GACCCAACCCUUCCUUGUCUAAGAUGUCCUUCUACUAUCCCAAGACUCCUUUCUCUCUAGCAGGCAAGACGCUCGUCGUCCCAAUUGUCUCGGCCGGAAAUGUUUCGCAGCUUGCGGUUGAUUUGCUCAUUGCAUCGUUUUCCUUGAAACACGUUGGUAUCUUCAAUCCCAAGGACGUCAUCCCUGUUGUAGCUGCGCGUGAGGAUGGGGAAUCAGGCGUAACGACUCCCAUUGAGCUCUAUGGACAAGAUGGAGUUAGUAUAGUCGUUGUUCAGCAGAGGUCACCUGCCCUCAAAAAUCGGAAGCAAGAAUUCACGGAAUCUCUUCUAGACUUCAUCCAGACAUCCGGUAUCGCAUCCGUUCUCUUUUUAUCAGGCAUCAACUCCUCGAACAGAGCUGAUUCGCAGAUGAUAACCCCGACAUACCACAUCGUACCGAGCAAUUCACCAUCAAUUGCCCAGACGUCUCUGUCCUCAAUAUUGAACCUACCUAUUCCGUCGUAUACCUCUCCCUCUCCGCAGUACCGGCUCUCAGACCAAGUCAUACGUCCCAUUGAAUCCACUCCAAUACCGUUCAUCCCAGGAGGCGGUCUUACCCGGCGGAUUCUGUCUACCAUUUCCACGUAUCCCUCAUCUUGGUCCAUCCCCACUGCAUGCCUUCUGCAGUUCGUCAUGGAGGGCGAUAAUAGAGGCGAUGCUCACCUAUUGGCAGCGGUCUCAGCCAAGGUCCUGGGCAUCGAUGCCCGGAUUACGGAGUGGAAGCAGCCUAGCAGCUGGCAAGUAGGGUUAUUCGGGACUGGGCAUGACCAGACAUUAUACGGUUGAUCUGGUCAUGCUAGCUUACGAUUGAACACUAAGCACUGACUCACCAACGUAUCCGUAUCUGCGAAACUCCCGGGCGAUGCUGUAACCAAUAGUGAUCGUUGCAGGCCGGAUUAUGGCACAAGCAACGAUGAUUGUAUGUUACUAUGUAUCCCAUGAUGAGAGGGUGACAAAUCAAGUGCAGAGAACUAUC